AAAUUAAUUUUGACUGAUGAUUGAUCUUUUGAUCGAGAGGGAGAUGACGAGAAAGAAGAUAGAGAUAAAGAAGAUCGAUAACAUAGCAGCGAGGCAAGUGACGUUCUCAAAGAGGAAAAAAGGGCUUUUCAAGAAAGCGAAGGAACUUGCUACGCUCUGUGAAGCUGAGAUUGGUCUCAUGGUCUUUUCUUCCACCGGAAAGCUCUACGACUAUGCCAGCUCAAGUAUGCAGCAGAUAACUCUGAGACAUGAUAUGCAUUUAGGCAUGCACAGAUCAGAUCAACCUUGUAUUGAUUUGCAGAUUGGAAGUGAAAGCUACAAUAAGCUGAGCCAUGAAAUUGAAAAAAGGACUCAUGAACUGAGGCAAUUGAAUGGAGACGAGUUGCAAGAUUCCACAAUUCAAGAAUUACAAAAACUAGAGGAACUGCUUGAAACGGGUUUGAUGCGUGUUUCAAAGGCAAAGGAUAAAGCAAUGAUAGAUGAGACCUUCGAACUCAAGAGAAAGGGUAAGCAGCUAAUGGAAGAGAACAGGAGAUUGAAACAGGUUACACUAGAACAAGGACAACCAUAUGACUCUGUGAUCUCGUCCAGCUCAUCUGAUACUCCUCAACACUUCAAAGAUUCUGAUACCUCUCUCAAGUUGGGGUUUUAUUGAUCAUAUAUAAUAUUCAAUUAUAUAUGGAAUUGAGUAGCAUUUAAAAGAAGAUAUGAUUGGAUUUAUUUAAAUCAAUUGAGAACUAGAAAAGAACAAAGAGGGGAUGGAACUCAAGCCCCACACAAGAGAGCACAUACAUGGGAUUUUC